GUGUGUCAGUGUGUGUGUGUGUGUGUGUCUGUCUCUCUCUCUCUGUGUGUGUGUGUGUGUGUUCUCCCUCCACCUCUGCCUGGCUGUCAGCUUUGCCUCGACCACGUAGCAGCUUCCUGGCAGCGGCAGCUUGUGUCUACUCUGCCUGAGACACACGCACACACACGCAUACACACACACACGCACGCACGCACGCACGCACGCACACACACACACACACACACACACACACACACACACACACACUCUGUAUCAGUAGCCUAUGUAGACCCACGUAGCACCAGCUUUGGAUUCAACCAGCACCAGCGAAGCUGCAAUGGACCUCUUUGAAUUCGACUUUUUCAGAGACUGGGAGCUUGAACAGCCAUGUCAUUUGGAGUCAGAGCGCAGCGCCCUGAAGAGGAGAGAGUGGGAGAGGAGGAACCAGGAGGUCCAACAGGAUGAAGACUUGUUCUCAACUGGAUUCAACCUGUUUGGAGAACCAUAUAAAACUAAUAAAGGUGAUGCGUUGGCCAGUCGUGUCCAGAACACGUUGGGCUCCUAUGAAGAGAUGAAAGACCUGCUAACCAACCAUUCCAAUCAGAGCCACUUAGUGGGAAUCCCCAAAGGCAGCAGCACUACUAACAACCUGCAGACCCCAACCACUUCAACAACAGAGAAACCUGCUCUGGAGUACCAGGUUUUCAAUGAAACCAUUAGAGGGGAAACAGUUGGAGGAGUAAGUGGAGGAGGAGGAGUGGAGGGAGGUGUAGACAAGAGGAUUGGAAACUCGGCAUGCUCAUCUUCGACUUCCAUGCAACCUCCUGCUUCAACCACAUCAGCGACGGCCAUCUCAUCACAUCAGAAUUCCAAAAAGUCACGGAGUACUGUGGACUGGUCAAGGGGAGGUCAUGGACAGAACACUCAAGGAACAAGCCUUGUACUGGGGUUAGGACAAGGUCAGGGUCAGGCUGCGGGGACCACCAACAGCAGAGGGAAAAUGUCUGUAUUAGAAGAACAGCAAAUGCAAAGGCAUGAAGAGCUGUUUAGCUCACUGAAAGACGAACUGGGUCUGAAGGGAGACUCGAGCCCCUCUUCCUCCUCUUCCUCCUCUUCUUCUUCCUCCUCUGGAAGACGACAUUCUUUGCACCCCUCCAAAACUCUUCCCCUCCUAGAUAGCAGCAAUUUUAGAUCUUCCACCAUGGAUAGUGGCCAUUAUAAGUCUUCCACUAACGCAGAAAAUGGUGGACAUUUCAAAUCCUCUCCAUUUGAAAAUGAAACAGGUUCUUACCUCUCUACAUCCUCCUCUCCAUUGGCUUCCACAUCGGUUUUGACAACACCUACCCCUGGUCUAACGACUCCCACAUCUGGACUGACUACACCUACUUUCCCACCUGGUAACCUAUCAGGGAAGCCCAUUGCAGUGCAGCAGAAGCCUACAGCGUACGUUCGACCAAUGGAUGGACAGGAUCAGGCACCAAGCAACUCACCUCAGCUUAAACCUUCUCUAGUGGUCACAGAGGGCUUCACCAACAGUCAGGCCUUUGGAGGAAACUCUGGGAAUGUGAAGAAUAAACUACCGAAGCUGAGUCUCAGCCAUGCAGGGGAGGUUAGCCUACCAAAUGACUCCAGCUGUGUUGAAGAGAUUCUGCGGGAGAUGACACAUUCAUGGCCUCCUCCUCUAACAGCAAUACACACUCCUGGAAAAGCUGAUCAGACCAAAUUUCCCAUCCCAAACAAGGAGUUGCAGCAUGUGACCUCAGGCUUCAACACCCAGAAGCGAUGUACUGUAUCUGCUAACAAGGCCACUGCUAAACCAACAACUGCACCACAGAAGUCAAUGCUGGAGGAUGACCUGAAGAUCAGCAGUGAUGAGGAUGAGGCCGAACAACAGGUGUCUGACAAGCCCAAAGCCAGAGGCACAGCCCUAAGUGGAGCAUCAGCAAGUAGCAGUGAAUCAGAGAGCAGUUCAGAAUCAGACACAGAUGAAUCGGAAACCAGUUCCAGUGACAGUGAAUACAACCGGGCCUCUCGAACCAACACUCCAGAGCCAGAGCCACCCUCCACCAACAAGUGGCAGUUGGACAGCUGGUUAAACAAGGUCCAAGCUCAAACCAAACCCCUUGUGCCCACACAACAAGAAGAUCAUGGUACAGGCUCCAUCACCCAGGACCCUGAGACUUUUUCUCCAGGGAAUGAAGUGCCAGGAGUGGGUACAGCUGCGAAAAACAAGCCCUGUGGAUCCAUCAGCACCCCUGCAGCUGCAUCAUCAGCAGAAUACAAAGAUACAAGGGGGACCUACUGCCCAGGGAGAGAGAAAGCCAAGGCCAAGUUCAGCCAGAAGGCCCCAGGGGAGAUCCAAAGAUCCAAGAUGAGGAUGUCACCAGGGCUGUUGUCAGGUCCAGAGGUCACAACCCCAAGGAGGAACACCAUAGGGAAGAAGCAGCCCAGACGGACAGAGAGGUCAAACAGUGGGGAGGAUAACCAGAACCAAAGCUGGAGUCGGGCAAACCAGCACAGUUCGGCAGUGAGGGAAAAGGACCUGUUGCCUCUGCGCUCUCUGGAGCAUCAGAACCUCCUGAGGCCACGCAGUAAGCCCCCCAGUGGGAAAACAGCCCCCAGGAAAGAACCUCGCAGUGCUACCAACUCAAACACAGUUACUGCACCAGCUGUGCCUCAUCAAGCCCCUGUUCCAGUACCUGGUGUCAGUGUAAACCAGGAUAAGAGGAAAAACAGAGGUCCCAGCAGCCGAAUCACACCCAAAUCCAGAGAAUUCAUUGAAACAGAUUCCUCCUCCUCCUCCUCCUCAGAAUGCCCGUCGGACUCAGAGGAAGCCAUCAAAAUUCCAACACUGUCAUCACAAGUGACUCAUAUACCAAUUAACACGCAGUCUCUGUCCAGCAUGCACAUACACACACCACUCCUCCCAUGCCUUAACUCUGCCGGCAGCACAGGAAGUCUGGGAACAUUUGGUGGGAAGGGACUCAGAGUCAAAGACAGUAGCAACAGUAGUAAUGGUAGCAUUAGCAGUGGAAGUAAUGUUAACAGUAGUAGUUGUACCUCUCUAAGCCUCACCAACCUAAGUGGUUCAUUUGGAACUUCUGUUCCUGAUCCUGGAGGGUUAGGGGGGCAGUGCCAGGAGCUGGAGCCCAUGUCACCACCCUCCAAUAUGGGACAUGAAAUUCCACUUUCCCCCUUGAGGGAGUACCAAGAGAUCCAGACUUUAUGGGUGAAAAUUGACCUGAGUUUGCUCAGCAGGGUGCCUGGUCAGGGUUUGGGAGAGAGAUCCAGGAUAGGAAUUGGGGAGAGGCACGGGAGUGAGGGAAGAGACAGAUAUGGGGACAGAGAGAGGAUAGGGGUGACUGAAAGGGAAAGACAGAAGCAAGAAGAGAGAGAAUGGCUAAGAGACAGACAGAAGUUAACUAAAGGGGAGAGACAGGAGGAGGAAAAUGAGCAAUUAGGACCGGACCAAGGAGAUAGGUUAGCAGAGAGAGAGAGGCAGAUGGACAGAGACGACAGAGACAGAUGUGGGCUCGGGGAGAGGGAUAGGACAACAGCGAGGGACAGGGAGAAGUUGUGCCAAGGUUUAGGAGUCCUGGACACACCCCCUGUGCAAGAGCAGGGUAAUCUGAGGUUGGCCAGGCAGACGGAGAGAACGAACGGAGGAAAACACAGGAGGCAGGCAGCAGGCAACAUGGUGGUCCCAACAGAAAAACACACCAGCAAAAGUAAACGGAAACACAAGUCAGACCACAGCGACUCAUCAGUCAACAGCAGUAAGAAGCUGCGAUUGGAUAAAGACUGCCAGCUCCUUCCACCCUGCAUCUCCCCAAUACACAAUCACAAAACUACCACUACAGACUCUCUCAACAGGAAGCAGUCCCGACAGCAUGACGACAAGCUUCUCCCUCCCCUCCUGUCCCCUCUGUCUGAUGAUCCCCCCCGUAAACGGGCCUGUGAUGGCAGUUCCGCUGUCAGUCAGGAAGCUAGUGCCACAGGACUGCUGCCCUGCUCUACCUCCUCUUCCACCUCCUCUUCCUUGCACAGACACAGGAGAGGUGAAGGCAAAGCAGCGUCACACAUGAGGAAUGGCAUUGAAGGGGAACCCCAUGGUGAGAAACCCUGUGGAGAAGGUUACCAUGCCAAUGGACAGUCAGACUCAGAGAUUUGGUCAGAACCACUAAUUGAACCUGCAGAACCUCGCAGACCCAGGCUGUCAUUUAGUGACACGGUCCACAGUGCAGACUACUACAUGCAGGAGGCCAAGAGACUGAAGCACAAGGCUGACGCUCUGAUGGACAAGUUUGGUAAAGCGGUGAACUACGCAGACGGCGCCCUCUCCUUCAUAGAGUGUGGAAAUGCUAUGGAGCGUGACCCACUAGAGGCCAAAUCACCGUAUACCAUGUACUCUGAAACUGUAGAGCUAAUCAGGUACGCCAUGAGGUUGAAGAACUUCACCAGCCAUUUAGCCACCGUCGCUGAGAAGAAACUAGCUGUGUUAUGUAACCGCUGUCUGUCUCUGCUGUAUCUGAGGAUGUUCCAUCUAAAGAAAGACCACGCUGUCAAGUACUCACGGUCGCUCAUGGAGUAUUUCAAGAAUUCAGCAAAGAGCUCCCAUCAGGCACCAUCUCCGUGGAGGACAAAUGGGAAGGUCAAUGGUACCCCAUCACCCAUCUCGCUCAGUCCCUCCCCAGCCAGCAGUGGGGGAGGAGGAGGAGCUGGAGGUGCGCCAAGUUCUUCAGGCAGUGUGGCUAUUCCCCAGCGAAUUCAUCACAUGGCUGCCAGUCACGUUAACAUUACCAACAAUAUCCUGAGGAGCUAUGAACACUGGGAGACAGCUGACAGACUAGCCACUGACAGCCAAGAGUUCUUCCAGGAGCUGGACUCAGUGAUGGAGCCUUUGAGUCAGCAGAGCAGCAUGACUGAGCUGGUUCGAUACAUCAGGCAGGGACUGCACUGGCUCCGCAUUGAGGCUCACCUGAUAUAGACUGGACAAGUGCCAACAUUUAAAAAAGAAAUGGGCCUGGGAGCUAGAACUGGGAUAACAAGUGAGAUGAGGCUCAGGAAGAUGCUGCAGUUCCCACAGGGAUCCUUCAAAUGACCCGACACCAUCCUUGACCACCUCCAGUAAUGUUAAUAACUCAGACAGGGUGGAUUAAAUGGGCUGAAAUUCACCUGCAAUUGAGAAUGAACACUAACUAAAUUUGGGAAUUUAAACAGUGCAUCAGAGUACAAAUUAAAAUAUAAAAAAUUUGGCUGAUGCUGCUGUUCAGAAACUAUAAUAGUACAUCUGUGCACUUCACCAAACAAUACAUGAUGCAAGCCUCCAACACUUCCCUAGAUAGAAAUGAGAACCAGAGAUGAAACAUUCUAAGUGUUUUUGUUUAGACAGGGCCGUUUUCUGAAAGAUAUAUUUGGAUAAAUAGUGAUUUAGGACUUUGAGGGUAAGGAAGGAGCUCAACAAAGGCUCAUCUGCUCCAGUCCAGGUCCAGAAAUGUGUCUGUGAGUGGGGCUGGAAUUAAAGCCUUAGGCUCAGAUCAGUCUGAGUGGAAAAGUACUGGUCCAGUCCAUUAGAUAAGAGCUACCCCGGUAAAAGGAAAGGAGGCCCAGUGCUUUGAGUGUUUGAGUGCAUCUUCAUUUUUUUAAAGAAGAUUCUAAAAAAUAAACCUCAACAAAAAGAAGCUAGAAAAUGUUAAAGCUAUAUUCCUGUGAACUAGAUUUCAGUUUUAAAUCUGUAUUUCCUAAUUUUGGAUUGUCUAUCCCUUGUCCAACCAAAGGAUUAAUCUGACUAUUAUUAAGGCUGGUUAAAGGUACAAUGUGUGGGAUUUAGUAGCAAAAAUAGGAAUGUGUAAAGUAUAAUCAUCUGAAAAUAAGAAUCAUGCUUUGAUUUUCAUUUACAUCAACUUAGAAAGAGCUGUUUAUUUCUACAGAUGUCCUUUUUUCUUAUUUGGCUUUAUUUCAUUAAGUCCUUGUAUGACCAGAACCAGACCUUGGUCCGCUUUGCCAGUAGUAAGUUGGAUUCAUUCCCGGUGCGGGGUGGACUCCACUAGGGCUGUCCUUCGUGACCAAUUCUGUUCAUAAAAAUUAUGAACAGAAUUUCUAGGCGCAGCCAGGGGGAGAAGGGGGUCUGGUUUGGGGGCCUCAGGGUCGCGUCUCUGCUUUUUGCAGAUGAUGUGGUCUUGUUGGCUUAAUCAAGCUGUGACCUCCAGCUUGUAUUGGGACGGUUCGCAGCCGAGUGUGAAGCAGCUGGGCUGAAGAUUAGCACCUCCAAGUCAGAGGCCAUGGUCCUCAGUCAUAAAAGGGUGUAGUGCCCUCUUCAGAUUGGAGAAAACCGUUGUUGCCCCAAGUAGAGGAGUUUAAGUAUCUCAAGGUCUUGUUCACGAGUGAGGGAAGGAUGGAAUGAGAGAUUGACAGGCAGAUCGAUGCAGCAUCAGCGGUAUUGCAGACACUGUACUGGUCUGUUGUGGUAAAGAAGGAGCUGAGCCAAAAGGCAAAGCUCGUGAUUUACCGGUCGAUCUACAUUCCUGCCCUCACCUAUGGUCAUAAGCAGUGGGAAGUGAUUGAAAGGACAAGAUUGUGGAUCCAAGUAGUGGAAAUGAGCUUCCAUCACAGGGUGGCCGGCUUCUCCCUUAGAGACAGGGUGAGGAGUUUGGCCAUCCGGGAGGGGUUCAGAGUAGAGCCGCUGCUCCUCCACAUUGAGAGAAGCCAGUUGGGGUGGUUUGGGCAUCUGGUCAGGAUGCCUCCUUAAUGCCUCCCUGGUGAGGUGUUCCGGGCAUGUCCAACUCAGGGGAGACCCCAUGGCAGACCCAGGACACCCUGGAGGGAUUAUAUCUCCUGGUUGGCCUGGGAACACCUACAAAAUAAUAAUGUGGAGAAAAAAAAAAAAAACAUUUAGUAGAAGUGGCUGGGGAGGAGGAAGUCUGGGCCUCUACUCAGGCUGAUGUCCCCGGGACCUGGACCCGG